CUGAAUGACAUUGUUAGAAAUUCAGAAUAGUGAGAAGUAAGGUGAAGGUCGUGUCGUGGCCGCCAUUUUUCACAUUUCCUGGUGGCAUUUCCGUCAAUAAUAAUAACUAAAUCCCUCUCCUCUCUUUCAUUCCCGUCCGAAACAAAACUCAGCUGUCAAAAGCCAAGCAAGGAAUCACAUCACUGUAUUCAAAAACCAGAGACGUAAACGAAUAUAUUAAGCAGUCUCACAAUAAUUCAACACAGCUCCGUUACAGCUUUUCAGAAGUAAUAUGUCUAUUUUAAUAGGGUUUGGAUGCUCGGCCACUCUGCGAUAAUCUGAAUUGUAAGGGGACUAAGAGCAAAUUCUUGGUCCCCAUCAGAUGAGGUGUGAGGUUAGCUUACAAGAACAAUAAUGAGUGUAAAACUUGAUUGCGAAUUUCUUGGAUUCUCUUUAAAUGGUCGAAAUUCUGGCAAUUGCCUUUAUUUGGAUAGACGUAAAUUCCCGAAAAGGACUUCUCACAAGUUCAGAUGUGAGAAGAGGAAGAAUGAUUGGAUAGCUCAAGCAAUUAGGUUUUCCCUUUUUUGUGGGAAAAAUGUGGAGUUAUUGAGGAAAUCCAUUGGCUCAAGAAAUGGUUUGGUAGUGAAAUCUGUGAAAGAACCCUUUGCAAAGAGUAAGGCUCUAGUGAAGUCACUGGAACCCUUGUGGAAAGAGGGUUUGUUGUUUGUGAGAUGUUCUGUUUUAAUAGCUGUGAUAUCUGGGGUCUGCCUGUUGGUGUGGUAUGGGCAAAGCAAAGCCAAGAGUUUUAUUGAAUCCAAGCUUUUGCCCUCUGUUUGUUCAAUGCUCAGUGAAUAUAUUGAACGUGAGAUUGAUUUUGGUAAGGUACGAAGAGUUUCACCUUUAAGCAUUACGCUAGAGUCAUGCUCAAUUGGGCCGCAUUCAGAGGAGUUUUCUUGUGGUGAGGUUUCAACUAUGAAACUUCGUGUUCGUCCUUUUUCAAGUUUGAGGAGGGGAAAGAUUGUGGUUGAUGCUGUUUUGUCUCAUCCAAGUGUCUUGAUUGUGCAAAAGAGGGAUUAUUCUUGGUUAGGAAUCCCCUCAAUUGAAGGUGGUGGUCCACAGGGGCAUUUAUCAACUGAAGAAGGUAUUGACUACCGUACAAAAACCAGGAGGAUUGCCAGAGAGGAAGCGGCUGCUCAUUGGUCCAAAGGUAGGGAUGAUAUGGCUAGGAAAGCUGCCGAGAUAGGUUAUAUUGUUUCUGAGAAAAGUUCCUGUCCAUCCCUAGGUUAUGAUUUGAAGGAGGGAAGUCAUUCAACAGAUAUUACUGAACUAGCAAGCUCUGAGUCCUUUAUGUGCAUGGAUGAAAAGAUGCACUGGAGGGAUCAUCACUGCAUGGACACAGGUGUUGAUUAUGAUAUGAAGCAUGCAGACUUGGAGAAAUCAUUUGGUGUCAAGAUCCCUGGAUCGGGACUGAAGUUCUGGUCUAAAGUGAUAAAAGGACCUAAAAAGCACAAGUUAAAGAAAGGUAGUGGGACCGAUAUUUCUGCAGCUGGCAUUUCAGCCAAAAGUCGAAUCCUUGAGCGUAGUGCAUCAGCAGCCUGGGCAUAUUUCCAGGGUCAAUAUCAAGGGAAGUCUGAAGAACCUCCACAUGUCUCUGGAAAUGAUGAUGUAUUGAACUUGAACUUUGACAAUAUUUUGGUGAAAAGUGAGAGUGAUACUAAAGCUGGCACUUCUAUUGACAUGAAUAGUUGUCAAGAUCACUUGAUAGCUCCUAACCAGAAUGAAAAGCAACACAAAGAGCCAAAACUUUAUCAUCUAACAGCAGAUCAAAAUGUCAAUGGCUAUAUAAAAGAACUGGAUCUUUUACGUGAUCCGUUUCUUAUGACCGUGGAUAGGCUUAGUGGAGUUAGAAAAAUCUCUGAAAAUUUGGUAUCUGUUUCUAGUGUCAUAGGAGCUAAUGAAACCAAUAGUAGUAGUGUAAACACUGAGAAUUUAGUGGUUGAAUCUGUAAAUAAACAUUUGAAUGAUGAUCUGUCUGAGAGCCAUGGUGAGCGUGCAUCACAAAAUUCUACUGAAAAUCCCGAAUUUCUAGCUGCACAUUCUGAUUUAGUUCCCAGUGGACCAUUAGACUUGAAAUCAGGGUUACUUUCUUGGUCUAGAAAUGCAAGGGAAUUAAUAUCUAAUUUUUUUGCUUCCCCUUUUCAAGAGUUGAAGUCAGGCAUGGUUCCAAAUGUUGAAGAUGUUGUAGCAGAAUUGGUUGAUGGGGUAUAUGCAGUGGAGAAUGAAGGGAUUGAGAAGAUGCUUCCGGUUACACUGGAUUCUGUUCAUUUCAAAGGUGGAACACUCAUGCUGCUUGCAUAUGGUGAUAGGGAGCCUAGAGAGAUGGAGAAUGUUAGUGGACAUGUGAAGCUUCAAAAGCACUACAGCCGUGUGUAUGUACAACUGAGCGGCAACUGUAAGAUGUGGAGAUCAGAUGUGAUGUCUGGAGAUGGUGGCUGGUUGUCUGCAGAUGUUUUUGUUGACACUAUUGAGCAGCAAUGGCAUGCAAAUUUAAAAAUAAUAAACCUCUUUGCUCCGCUUUUUGAAAGGCUUUUAGAAAUUCCAAUUAUGUGGUCCAAAGGGAGAGCCUCUGGUGAGGUGCAUGUAUGCAUGUCUAGAGGGGAAACAUUUCCAAAUCUUCAUGGACAACUUGAUGUAACAGGGUUGAAGUUUCAAAUACUUGAUUCUCCAUCUUGGUUUUCUGAUAUUUCAACAAGUCUAUGUUUCCGUGGUCAACGAAUAUUCUUACACAAUGCAAGUGGCUGGUUUGGCAACGUUCCUUUGGAAGCUUCUGGAGAUUUUGGCAUUCAUCCUGAGGAAGGGGAAUUUCACCUGAUGUGCCAGGUUCCUUGUGUGGAAGUCAAUGCCUUGAUGAAAACUUUCAAGAUGAAGCCUUUGUUGUUCCCGUUGGCUGGUUCUGUAACUGCUGUAUUCAAUUGUCAAGGCCCAUUGGAUUCACCAAUAUUUGUGGGAAGUGGGAUGGCUUCUAGAAAGAUAUCUACUUCAGUCCCUCAUCUCCCUGCAUCAUCUGCAUCUGAAGCAAUGCUGAAAAGCAAGGAGGCUGGUGCUGUGGCAGCAUUUGACCACGUUCCUUUUUCAUAUUUAUCGGCUAAUUUUACUUUUAACACUGAUAACUGUGUUGCUGACUUGUAUGGAAUCAGAGCUACCCUUGUCGAUGGUGGUGAAAUUCGAGGGGCAGGCAAUGCCUGGAUUUGCCCAGAGGGUGAGGUGGAUGAUGCUGCAAUUGAUGUUAAUUUCUCUGGAAAUUUAUCCUUUGAUAAAAUCAUGCAUCGUUAUAUACCUGGUUAUCUUCAAUUGAUGCCACUUAAAUUGGGAGAGUUAAGUGGAGAAACAAAACUUUCUGGCUCUCUUUUGAGACCGAGGUUUGACAUUAAAUGGAUUGCACCAAAAGCAGAAGGAUCUUUCAGCGAUGCUCGAGGAGAUAUUAUGAUCUCACAUGAUUGCAUUACUGUUAGUUCGUCAUCUGUUGCUUUUGAAUUGUACACAGAAGUUCAAACAUCUUAUCCUGAAGAACACUGGGUGCACCAAAAAGAUUCUGAUAUAAGGGAUAGGAUUCCAUUUACUGUUGAAGGCGUUGACUUGGACUUGCGUAUGCGUGGCUUUGAGUUUUUCAGCCUGGUUUCUUAUCCUUUUGAUUCUCCAAGACCGACUCAUUUGAAAGCAACUGGAAAAAUUAAAUUUCAGGGGAAAGUUCUGAAGCCAUUUAGUCAAUCUACUGAGCAAAAUUUUGGUUCUGAGGAAGAAACACAACAUGAGAAAUUUACAAUAAAAGAAAACAAACAGUGUCUUGUAGGUGAGGUGUCAGUUUCAGGUCUCAAACUGAAUCAGUUGAUGCUGGCACCUCAGUUGGUUGGAUCAUUGAGCAUUUCACGUGAUUCUGUGAAGUUGGAUGCCACUGGUAGACCAGAUGAAAGUCUUGCAGUAGAGGUUGUAGGGCCAUUACAACCUAAUUGUGAAGAGACCUCCCAGAAUGGGAAGCUGUUGUCAUUUUCCCUGCAGAAGGGGCAACUGAAAACUAACUUUUGUUUUCGACCAUUACAUUCUGUUACCUUGGAGGUGCGCCAUUUGCCACUUGAUGAACUGGAGCUGGCUUCACUUCGGGGAUCAAUACAGAAGGCAGAAAUCCAGCUUAAUCUUCAGAAAAGAAGAGGUCAUGGCGUGCUAUCUGUUCUCCGGCCAAAAUUCAGUGGUCUGCUUGGUGAAGCGCUAGAUGUUGCCGCUAGAUGGAGUGGGGAUGUUAUCACUAUUGAAAAAACUGUUUUGGAACAAAUCAAUAGCCGAUAUGAGCUUCAAGGUGAAUAUGUCUUGCCUGGAACACGAGAUCGAAAUGUAACUAGAAAGGAAAGGGAUGGUUUGUUUAAAAGGGCGAUGACUGGACACCUGGGGAGUGUCAUAUCUUCAAUGGGAAGGUGGAGAAUGAGACUUGAAGUUCCUCGUGCUGAGGUUGCUGAGAUGCUUCCACUUGCUAGACUUCUUUCUCGAAGUACAGAUCCUGCUGUUCGCUCAAGAUCAAAGGACUUUUUCAUUCAGAGUUUGCAGUCAGUGGGAUUAUGUACUGAAAAUCUUCAAGACUUGCUAGAGGUCAUACAGAAGCAUAAUACUCCUUCAAAUGAAGUAAUUCUUCAAGACUUGAGUCUUCCAGGUUUAGCUGAACUUAAAGGCCACUGGCAUGGCUCCCUUGAUGCAAGUGGUGGAGGCAAUGGAGAUACAAUGGCAGAUUUUGACUUUCGUGGUGAUGACUGGGAAUGGGGAACCUACAGAACGCAGCAUGUUGUGGCAGUUGGUGCAUAUAGCAAUGAUGAUGGUCUAAGGCUUGAGAAAAUUUUUAUCCAAAAAGAUAAUGCGACAAUUCAUGCUGAUGGGACAUUGCUGGGGCCAAAAACCAAUCUUCAUUUUGCUGUUCUAAACUUUCCUGUUAGUCUAGUCCCCACUGUUGUUCAGGUGAUUGAAUCUUCAGCUACUGAGGCCAUUCAUUCUUUGAGGCAAUUGUUAGCACCGAUUAGGGGUAUACUGCACAUGGAAGGAGAUCUGAGAGGAAACCUUGCUAAACCAGAGUGUGAUGUGCAAGUAAGGCUCCUUGAUGGUGCCAUUGGGGGCAUUGAUCUUGGACGAGCUGAAAUUGUUGCUUCCUUAACCUCUACUAGUCGUUUUCUUUUUAAUGCAAAAUUUGAACCAUAUAUUCAGAAUGGCCAUGUACACAUACAAGGAAGUGUUCCUGUUAGUUUUGUCCAAAAUAACAUUACAGAGGAAGAAGAUGCAGAAACAGAUAAAACUGGAUCAGGUUGGGUUCCUGGGUGGGUGAAGGAAAGGGGUAGAGGAUCUGUUGAUGACACCAAUGAGAAGAAAACCCUGAGAGAAAGAAAUGAAGAAGGUUGGGAUACUCAAUUAGCAGAGAGCCUCAAAGGUUUAAAUUGGAACAUCUUAGAUGUAGGAGAAGUGCGAGUCGAUGCUGAUAUAAAGGAUGGGGGCAUGAUGAUGCUGACAGCUCUGUCUCCUGACGCCAAGUGGCUUCAUGGGAAUGCUGACAUUACACUUCAGGUCAGAGGCACGGUUGAGCAGCCUGUGCUUGACGGAUCUGCAUCCUUCCACAGGGCAUCAAUAUCUUCACCGGUACUCCGGAAACCUCUCACAAACUUUGGUGGAACUUUACAUGUGAAAUCAAAUAGGUUGUGCAUCACUUCAUUGGAAAGCAGGGUAAGCAGAAAGGGCAAGCUGUUCAUCAAAGGGAAUCUACCCCUGAGAACAAAUGAGGCAUCCCUAGCUGACAAAAUUGACUUAAAAUGUGAAGUUCUGGAAGUUCGAGCAAAGAAUGUUCUAAGUGGUCAGGUUGACACUCAGAUGCAAAUAACUGGUUCUAUAUUACAACCAAAUAUUUCGGGAAAUAUAAAAUUGAGCCAUGGAGAAGCAUAUCUACCUCACGAUAAGGGUAAUGGGACUGGUCCGUUUAAUAGAUUGGAGUCCAAUCAGUCCAGGCUUCCAGUUGGUGGUAUCAAUCGAGCAGUUGCAUCUCGAUAUGUUUCGCCUUUUUUUAGUACAAAACCUGCUGAUUCAAGUGCAAAAUUCCAUCAGCCAACUGUUAAAUCAGCUGAAGUUGAAAAGGAAAUGGAGCAGGUUAACAUUAAACCCAGUGUAGAUGUCCGCCUAAGUGAUUUAAAGCUUGUUUUAGGACCAGAAUUAAGAAUGGUCUAUCCUUUGAUUCUUAACUUUGCUGUUAGUGGAGAGCUUGAAUUAAAUGGUCUAGCACAUCCCAAGUGGAUAAAACCUAAAGGCAUUUUAACAUUUGAGAAUGGUGAUGUGAAUCUUGUUGCCACUCAAGUUAGGCUUAAGCGAGAGCACCUAAAUAUAGCAAAAUUUGAACCGGAAUAUGGAUUGGACCCUAUGCUAGACUUGGCUUUGGUGGGGUCAGAGUGGCAAUUCAGGAUUCAAGGUCGAGCCAGCAAUUGGCAGGACAAAAUCGUAGUAACAUCAACACGUUCUGUGGAACAGGAUGUUCUCUCACCUACUGAGGCCGCUAGAGUGUUCGAGAGUCAAUUGGCAGAGUCCAUAUUGGAAGGCGAUGGCCAACUUGCUUUCAAAAAACUUGCUACUGCAACACUUGAAACACUAAUGCCAAGAAUAGAAGGGAAGGGAGAGUUUGGUCAGGCCAGGUGGAGGCUGGUAUAUGCUCCACAAAUAGCUAGUUUGCUCUCUGUUGAUCCUACAGUCGAUCCUCUCAAAUCUCUGGCCAGCAAUAUUUCAUUUGGUACAGAAGUUGAAGUUCAGCUUGGGAAACGUCUGCAGGCCUCAAUAGUUCGGCAGAUGAAAGACUCGGAGAUGGCUAUGCAAUGGACGUUGAUCUAUCAGUUGACAAGCCGCCUUAGAGUGCUUCUGCAAUCUGCUCCUUCAAAACGUCUCCUGUUUGAAUAUUCUGCUACAUCACAAGAUUGAUUCAUUUCUCAUUUUGUCUGCCGUCGAAUUUCUUACAUUGGACCAUAUCUCAGCAAAUGCGUACAGUUUUAUAAUUUGAUGGAUUUUUGCUUUCCUUGUGUAUCUUCUAAAUUGUAUAAAUUAUCCCAAGAAACAUAGACAAAUAAUGCUAGAAUUGUAAAAUUAGUUUUGGAUAGAGUAUAUAUCCUUAUUCUUUGCUCAGAAAUAAACGAGCUUCUUCAUAUA